CCAGGGGCGGGGCCGGGCCCCUGUGUUUGUUGCACCCGUGUCAGUUACAUUGUAACAAAAGUGGUGGUGCAGCCGCUCUUAGGGCCAGCACUCUAGGCCCGCCCGCCGCCAGCUGUCGCCGACAUGGAAUCCGUGGCCAGCAAUAUCCAGGUCCUGCUGCAGGCGGCGGAGUUCCUAGAGCGCCGUGAGAGAGAAUCCGAGCAUGGCUAUGCGUCCCUGUGCCCGCACCGCAGUCCAGGCCCGGUCUACAGGAGGAGGAAGCGAUCCCCCCAAGCUUCUGGCGCGCUGGACAGUGGGCGGUCUGUGCACAACGAGCUGGAGAAACGCAGGAGGGCCCAGCUGAAGCGGUGCCUGGAGCAGCUAAAACAGCAGAUGCCCCUGGGGGCUGACUGUGCCCGCUACACCACCCUGAGCCUUCUGCGCUGGGCCAGGACGCACAUCCAGAAGCUGGAGGAGCAAGAGCAGCAGGCGAGGCAGCUCAAGGAAAAGCUGCGCAAUGAGCAGCAGAGCCUGCGGCAGCAGCUGGAGCAGCUCCGGGCACCAGCAGGGCUGGGAGAGAGGGAGCGGCCGCGGGCAGACAGCCUGGACUCCUCGGGCCUCUCCUCUGAACGCUCAGACUCAGACCAAGAGGAGGUGGAGGUGGACGUGGAGAGCCUGGUGUUCGGGGGCGAGGCUGAGCUGCUACGGAGCUUCAGCGCGGGCCAGGAGCACAGCUACUCACAUGGCAGUGGCACCUGGCUAUGACCUUCACCACCCCGGAGCAGGCCUCCACCCACAGACUGCCCUUGGCUCUGAGGGGAGAGCCCACCCACCCCCCCCAAGCCUCAAGGGCUGCUUGGAAUGGACUAAAAGGACCCUUAAGUGGGAACAGGUGCCUGCACCCCACCUUGCCGCUGGCUGCUGGCAGUCUCUCCUUGGGGAGGGGUGCCUGGGUUUCCCCUGAGCCCUGCAGGGGAGGCAGCUUGGGCCUGGGCCAUCCUUCCAGGCCUUUUUUGUAGCACUUGGCUCUGUUGUCCCCACGGGGGGGCGCAGGAAGCUUCUCGGGCCCUCACAUUCCUUCCUAGAGAAGGCGCCCUGACUUUGUCCCAGAUACUGUACAGUAUUUUCAUUAAAAACCUCUUUACUAA